UGAGUGAAUAGGCGAGGCAAGAAAGUGUUCCAAGGCUGACCUCCCACUCGCUGUCCCCUGCCUGCCACCACCCACUAUGAGAUGCUGCUGUCAAAAUAGAUUUCUGAAGAAAUGAAAUCUGAAGAGUGACCGCAAUCUCCUGCCCAUUACGAAUCUUAGAAUCGGACCGCAAAGACAGACACCCACGCAACCCACUAAAGACACACCGAUACUUUCACGUACGAGUGAUCUGAAGAGGCUGUUCUGUGCAUAUUAAAUAUAUAUAAUAUAGUGUGAUGUGCACAAAUAAACAUUGGACGGUGAACUUACAGAAAGAUGACACAGAUUCUAGGGGCGCAAAAUCAACAAUUAGCAACGAAUCCCAUAAAUCACCGAGCGACACCAGUUGUCGGGGCUGUUCGUGAUGUUCUCGUUCUAAAUUUGGUUUGUUUACCUACGUGAGCUGUUUGCAUGUGUCGCCAGAGUCUGAUAAACCUCGCAAAUAGUGCCCGCGGUGGGCGAGUGGGGCAUCCGAGAAAGUACUCACGGCUUCUUGGGGAAAGGCCAGACAAAGGCUCGCCAGGGGUCGAGUGCGAGUGCCCUUACAGAAGUGGACCUUCCCCGAACUCUCUCUUGGGCUUGACCCUCGGAGAUCCACCAGAGCAGCAACAAGAAGAACAAAGCAUCGUCAGAUUGCGAAACAGAGUUCUGCGCAAGUGCAGCCGGCUGGCGAGAGGAGAGGCCAGCAAACUCGACGAAGCAGCCUCUCAGGCCCCAGAGCAGAGCCCUCGCCCGGCAGUGGGUCCAAACUAGCAUGAAGAUGUGGAUUAAAUUUAAAAUCUGCCAUAUGUAUCCACCACCAAUGAUGACUAAAUAGAGUUCAUUUUGCAAUGAAAAUUAAAAUAAUUUCAUCCCAAGACCACGGCAUGCGACCCACUGUGCCCGCGAGCAGCUUUCGUCAAGUUUUGGGGCCCAGAUCGGCUGCUUCGCUGCCGUCGUCGGCACUUGGCUUCAAAAAGAGAACGACCGCGAGGCGCAACGGAAUACAAAAGGCGCCGAAAGCCGAAAACCGAACCUGAAACCGAAACAACGAUCCCCGCAAACAUUUGCAACUAAAACUAAAUAAUAAUGGUCGCAACUACAAAAAUAAACGCGUAAAAUAUUAAGUGUAAUGUGAAGCGGCGGGCGGAGGCCAACGCAGCCAACUCUUGUCGACAGGUGCGAAAGGAUGCAGUGCAGCGGGAGCUGUGUAGCUGAGAGGCAGCCAGUGGACUCUAGAAUCAAAACUACAAUUGUUAAUCAUUAAGUGAAGUGUGGACUGGGAGUUGUCUAGCUCAGCGCAUGCCAGCAGUGCGAGUGAUGUCAUAGCCCCCAAUAAACCGCCCUUUAUCAGAGACUGCAAAGCGAUAUCAGCGGAGAGGCAAAGUAAAAGUUAAUAUUGUUACGCGCGAGCCAAGAGCCAGCAUGGCGGACUACACGGACUACCUGGACGCCGCCAGGGAGUGGGCGGAGUGGCUGCCCUACCUGCUGGUGGCCUAUGUGGUGCUCACCCUAGUGCCCAAGUCCCUGGUCCGGGUGAAGCGCUUCGCGGACGAGGACUACGAGGCGCACAGGAACCAGUACCACCGCUGCUACGGCCCGGAGCUGUGCUGCCACGUCCUGGCCCAGGAGCAGGCCUCCGGCAAGGUGAAGUCCAAGGCCCGAAAGCCCGUGACCCGGGUCUAUCCCAAGCGGAAGGAGGAACUGCCGCCGCCGGCUCCAGCGCCCGUGAAGAGGAGCAAUGUCACAAAGAUUGCGCGGAUGUUCGAGUCGGGAAACACACGCCAGGUGAGCCGGGUGGCUCCCGAGAUCCGGCUGCCUGAGAUCCGGAUGUUCGGCGCUAGCGACGACUCCCGGGACUCGACGCCCUGCGCCUCGAGGAAGACCAGCAUCGCCAGCCAGCUCAGUGCCCAGCUGCAGCACAUGGAGCAGUCGCUGCACCUCUGGCAGGAGCUGGAGGAGGAGCCGGGGACCAAGAAGGCCACACCUUCCUCGCACAGCGACUGGGAGCCCAUGGCCGUGCCGGUGGCCAGACGCACGCGGGGCACCUCGGCUACGCCCUCAACCGCAUCGCCGCUGUCGAGCUCCCCCGAGCCGGAGCCCUCCUCGCCAGUGUGUCUCCGGAAGCCGCCUUCCCUGUGCCUGCAAACCAGCAUGGAGGAUAUUUUCCAGGUGAUUGCCCGGAGCGCCGAGGAGCCGGAGGAGCGGCCCAGCCUCAACUGCUUGUCGCCGGUGACCAGCAUCGACGAGAUCCUCUCGGAGAGGAGGUUCUCGCGCCCGCUCUCGGCCUACUCCAUCACGGAUCUGCUCAACGAGGAGCAGUCCUCCUCCCUGGAAGAGUCGGUGUUCCUCAACGAGUCUAUCUGUUAGACGGAAGCCUGCGCCCCGGCCCCUGAGUUUGAAAGUGCCAUUGUAUAUGGCCAUCGUCAGCCCGAAGGAGAGUCCUGCGAGCCCCUGCACUUUGUUCGUUUAAGCGACGGAAGUCUAAGCGAAUAGGAAAGUAAGGAGGCCCGCUCAGUUCGCAAUUAGCAGUCGUUGCCCGUACUUAGAAGUCCCCGUUAAUUGUAUUGUAAUUGUGUUAUUGUAAACGUUUCUCUGUUUGUCCAGAAGCAGAGCGAAGCAUCUCAACGAGAACUAGAGAACUGUACUGUACUGCUAAAGUAAUAAUGAUUAUUUAGACUCUAGGCAUAUGAUUGUGAAUUUGUAGUAUUAAUCGUAGCUGUAUGAAUUGUAUCAAAUGCAACACAAACACACUUCAAAGCGUAUGAAUAAACCUCAUGUACUAUA